AUGGGAAUGGGAGCUAAAUUACCUUUUGGAAACAUUCAGGUUGCCGUGCCGGGUUACGGCGGUGCUGGUCUGAGGGAUGAAGAAUCUUCACUCGAAUUAUUGACCAAGGCCGUUAAUCUCGGAUGUACGUUUUGGGACACUGCAUCGAUCUACGGUGCAGGUGAGAGUGAGCUGGUGAUAGGAAGGUUCUUCAAGGAGAACCCGGGGUUGAGGGAAAAGGUUUUCGUCGCUUCGAAAUGUGGGGUUGUGAGACAAAAUGACAAGAUUAUCGUCACCAAUACCAAAUCUCAUAUCGAGACGAGUCUACAAAAUACGAUAAAACGACUGGGUACUACUCCCGAUAUGUAUUACCUCCAUCGCAGAGAUCCUACCGUUUCGCUCGGAGAGAGCAUAGGAACUCUAGCUAGAUUAAGGGAUGAGGGAAAGUUUAACUAUAUAGGUUUGAGUGAAUGUAGUGCUGCUACUCUUCGUUCAGCUUGUCAAAUCACUCAUAUAGACGCACUUCAGGUCGAAUAUUCCGCCUGGUGUCUGGAUCUCGAACACAAUGAUCUCCUCUCCACCGCUCGAGAAUUAAACGUAGCCAUCAUAGCCUAUUCCCCUCUAGGUCAUGGUCUUCUAACAGGCACACUCACUUCCCCCGAUCAACUCAAACAAGGUGCACGUGCGGUUUUACCUAGAUUCGGAGAAGAAAACUUUGAAAAGAAUGUCAAUUUUGUCAAUUACAUUCGUGAUAUCGCUGGGAAGAAAGGAUGCACCUCGGGACAAUUGGCUUUAGCUUGGGUGAUAAAACAAGGGAUAAUACCCAUUCCUGGUACUCGAUCUGUAGUGCGAUUAGAAGAGAAUUGGGGUGCGGGAAUGGUUGAGAUGAGCGAUGAGGAGGAGUCCGAGAUUAGAAAGUUUGCGGAGAGUUUGGAUUUGACCGGAGAUAGGUAUUCAGAAGAUUUGAUGAAGACGGUGAAUCAAUAA